AUGGCUCCUAAUAUGGUACAGCGUCUUUACGCACUCACGGCUCUUGUGUCUACUGCCGCAGCCCAGUCCGGCAGAAUUCAGACUGGACUUCAGUAUGGAGAGAACUGGGCACCUACGAUCAAGGACUCGGAGCUGGUGUCUGCAAACUUUCCUGAUGUCAACAUCACUCUUCGGUCUCCGGCAUUCUUGAACCCCGAAAAAGUACCAGCUCGGUUCGCCGAAGGCACGGAAGGGCCGACUGACUUGAAUGAGCUGGACUACUUCAUCCGCAAUCUCGCAAAGAAGCAUGACUGGAUGACCUACGAGUCAGCAGCCUUCCAGUCCGAAGAAGGCCGCGCCAUUCCUUAUGUUUUCCUCUCUCUUCCCAACACCAACUCAAGCAGCAACAAGCUCAGAGUCUAUCUUCAGGCCGCGAUCCACGGCAACGAGCCAGCUGCUGAUGAGUCUGUUCUCGCAUUUUUGGGUAAGAUGGAUGCCGAACCAGAGUGGGCUGCAUCGAUAUUGGAGAAGAUGGACAUCAAGAUACUUCCUCGGUAUAAUGUUGAUGGUGUUGCUUACUUCCAGAGACAACUUGCUUCAAACUUGGAUCCAAACAGAGAGCACCUCAAACUGAUGCGAGGUCAAUCAAGGGAAAUCAAGAAGCUUGUUGGGGAGUGGAAUCCCCACAUGGCACUCGAUAUGCAUGAGUUUACUGUCCCUACCAUCUAUGGAGGAAAUUACCAACAUGGCUCAGACGCUCUCUUGUCUGGAGGAAUCAACCCAAACAUUCACCCUGCCAUUCGUGAACAGCUUCUCGACUUCUUCAUCCCAGCUGUAGGUGAGGAGCUCGAAAGCCACGGUCUUCGAUGGGAACCCUACGUCACUGGCGCUUCCAACAGAACUAAAGGAUCAAGGAUCGCUUUCACGGAAGCUGUCACCGAAGCGCGCACUGGCCGUAACGCUGUUGGUUUGACUCAGACCAUCUCCUUCCUGCUUGAGAUGCGUGGUAUCCGUAUCGCCAAUCAGCAUUUCCAGCGUCGCGUUGCCACCGCUCUCAUAAAGAUUCAGACUAUCCUUGAACUUGCGAGAGACAACGCUGACAAGGUGAAGUCCAUUGUUGAAAAUGCUCGCGAGGAGUUCAUCAACAGCGAUGAAGACAUUGUCAUCACCGACUCCUAUGUCCCCGAAAAAAGGACUUUUACAAUGAUCGAUCAGCGAAAUGGCAGCGUUGUUCAAGUCCCCAUCGAUUUCAAAAGAACCACCCCUUCUGUCGCCAAUCUUACCCGGGCGAGACCUGAAGCUUACAUCAUCCCAAGAACGUGGGUCGAUGUUGCUGAGAGACUCGAGAUCCUCGGCCUCAAGGUUGAGAAGCUUGACUACGAGUUCCGUCAAACUCUAGAAACACUUGUUAUCGAGUCCUCGGUCGUUAAGCCGAAGUUGUAUGAGGGCACCUACUUGAAUACUGUUACUACCAACACAACAACAAGAGAGGUUGUCCUACCUGUGGGAAGUUUCUAUGUUAGCACCAGGCAGCAGAACGCAGCUUUGGCGUUUAUUGCACUUGAGCCUGAGAAUAUUGACAGUUAUGUCAAGUUCAACAUUAUUCCCGUUCAGGCAGGUAUGGAAUAUCCUAUUUUCAGAAUACCGAGGAAAUAG